AUGUUUCGUCUGAGCAUUCUGAUCGCCAUCGGCUUGGCCACUUCGGCUCUCGGGUGGAUUAAGGUUCCCGAUAAUUAUCCUGGACGCAUCGUAGGCGGUCAAGAUGCGGCACCGAACCAGUUUCCGUACCAAGCGUCUUUAAGGGGCGCUUCCAUGGGUCAUUUCUGUGGUGGCACGAUCAUCAACAACUGUUACAUUUUGUCGGCGGCACACUGUGACCCGUAUGCAAACGUUACGAAAUUUGUAGUGGUGGGAUCAGUUUUCCUAGACGAUGGAGGUGAUACACACGAUGUGCUUCGGGUCAUCAACCAUCCAGAAUACAAUGAUGAUACUUUGGCACAUGAUAUCAAUCUGGUGAGAGUGAGCCCAUACAUCACCUAUAGCGCGGCGGUGCAACCGAUGCCGAUUGCUGCACAUUACGCAGAAAGUGGAGAGGGUGUUAUUUCUGGAUGGGGCGCACUCGAGGCUGGUGGCGACUCUCCAAAUCAUUUGCAAUUCGUCAAUACGGAGAUAAUUUCUUUCGAAGAGUGUGCAGAUAUGCUCGGUUUCAAUCGACGAAACAUAGUGCUUUCCCCCAACUCCAUAUGCAUCAUCAAUCCAGAAGGUCAAGGAAUGUGCCAGGGAGAUUCAGGUGGUCCAUUGGUCCAUAACGGAGGAUUGCAUGGAGUAGCAUCGUGGGUUAGAAUGCCCUGCGGAGGUCCGAAUCCCGACGUGUACGUUCGAGUAGCCUCGUAUGUAAGCUGGAUUCUUGCAAAUGCUGUUUAA